AUGCCGGCGUCUCCCUCCGUCCGCGCCGUGUCGCGCAUCGCGUUCCUUGCCUCGGACACUCUCCUCGCUUCCGACUCCCAAGACGUCGCCGCCGCACUCGCCGCUCUGCCAGCAAUCAAGCCAACGUCAUCCGUGCAGCGUCUCCCCUCCGCGGCCGACCCCGGCGCAGCCCUCCUCCACGUCCAUGCUCAGUCCCAGGGGGUCGUAUCCUUCUUGACCAUCUCCAAUGGCCGUAACCUCCGUCAACUCGUGCCCCACCUCGCCGAGCUCGCGCAUACACCCACCGUGCUGCACGUCGCCAUUCCACCAGCCGACGACCUCUCCGACGCCCUUGUACUCCGCGCCACCGUCCCCAUCUGCCUCUACUCCAGCACCGCCCAGCGCGCACACGAUCACGCUCUCCUAGCAAGCCGCCUCGCGCGGACAGAAGGCCGUACCGUGCUACACAUCUUUCAUGUCGGCACCGAGGACGACCAGCUAGCUGAAAUCGACGAGGGCGCCGUCUCGCCUUACCUUUACUCCGACAAGCCAUCGUCACCGAAUACGAAUGGCCACUCCACCACAAACGGCAAUGGCCUGCUCCCCUCUAAGCCUGUUGACGAGUCCGCAGCGCUCAUCGCAGCGUACGAAUCUGCGGCUGUCUCCACCGUCGGUCUCGUCCGUCGGCCCAUUCGCGCCCUCAGCACGCACGGCGCGCAAGACCCAACCACCGUGCUCGUCACGCUCGGCCCCAUCGCGUCCAUCGACGUUCCAAACACUGCGUUUGUUGACGUCACGCUCCUCAAGCCCCUCCCGUCCGCAUCGCUCGCAAACUCUAUCCCCGCAUCCGCCUCUCGCGUGCUUGUAUGCGAGCACAUCCGCUCCUGGUCCGCCAAGUGGACCCCGCUCUACCUCGAGACCGUCAGUGCGCUCCAGGAGGACGCGCGCGAGCACAAGCCGGUCGUGCAGAGCGUCCUUCUCGGCGACGCGCGUGGCGUCUCCGCAGAGGACGUUCAGAAGCUCAUCGCUCGCGCAGAGAACGCCCCAUCGGAGCGCCUUACCCUCGGAGCGACCUUGGACGCGUCGAGCGCGGCUGCAGUGCCGAUCCCACAUAUCCCAAAGCACGAGGCGUCGUAUACCAGCCUGCUGCACACGCUCUUCGGCUCCCGCCUUGAGAUCGCUAACGACCCCUCACUUGUACCCACCCUCGGUGCGGCCGCAACGAGCCCCGAAUUCACGCUCGGUCGCAUACGCGGCGAGCUCGAGACACUGCAGCACCUUGAGGACGACGUACGCACGCUUCUCGGCGAUAGCGCGCUGCCCGCAUCCCUGCAUGCGCUCCUCACCGAGUGGGCUGUCGGGCGGGGCAAGUCCAAGUCCAAAAAGGUCGAUGCAGAGAAGGAGAAGGAGCUUGGCCAGAAUAUCGCGCGUGCUCUGGAGGACUGGGAGCGCGAAUCCGGCGGAAGCUUGAAGGGUGCAGCGGCGCGGGUAUCUGCUGCGAGGAACCUGUUCGCGGAGGGAGCAAAGGAGAAGAGCCGGUGGAUCAUCGGCAGCGAUGCAUGGGCGUAUGACCUCGGCGCGUCGGGCCUGCACCACGCCGUCGCGAGCGGGCUGAACGUGAACAUCCUCAUCCUCGAUACGAUGCCCUACACGCGCGCUUCGCAGACCCCCAUCAACAAGCGCAAGCGCGACGCCGGCCUCUACGCGAUGAACCACGGCGACGCCUACGUCGCCUCCGUCGCGCUCUAUUCGAGUUACGCACAGGUCCUGCAGGCACUCGUCGAGGCGGACCGCUUCGCGGGCCCGAGCGUCGUGCUCGCGUAUCUCCCGUACGAGCACGAGGACACGCCCGCGCUCGAGAUCCUCAAGGAGACGAAGCGCGCCGUCGAUGCGGGCCACUGGCCGCUCUACCGCUGGGAUCCGCGCAAGGAAGGUGAGGACGCGUUCAUCCUCGAUUCGGACGCGAUCAAGAACGAGCUCCGCGCGUUCCUCGACCGCCAGAACCACCUCUCGCAGCUCAAUGGCCGGGUGUUCAUGAAGGCGCUCAAUGCCGCCGUCGCCGCGGGCCAGCGUCCGCUCGCGAAUGUCAAGUACAGCGUGUUCGGGAUGGGCGAUAGCCAUUACUGGCCGAGGCCCGAGGACAGGCAUUUCUAUAACAAGGCGGGAAGGGAUUUGGAUGUGAGGUUGGAGAGCCUUGGUGCGCAGCGCGUCGUGCCGAGUGGCCUUGGCGAUGACCAGGAUGCGGACGGGCCCGAGACGGGCUAUAAGCAGUGGGAGCCGCUCAUCUGGAAGGCGCUCGGCGUCGACUCGGUGGAGGUGCAGGAGGCGGAGCCGGAGCCGAUCACGAACGAGCAUAUCAAGGUUGCGUCGCAGUACCUUCGGGGGACGAUCAAGGAGGGACUGGAGGACACCACGACGGGCGCGCUCGCGCCGAGCGACACGCAGCUCACGAAAUUUCACGGGAUUUACCAGCAGGACGAUAGGGAUAUUCGGGACGAGCGCAUCGCGCAGGGCGUGGAGCCCGCGUAUAGCUUCAUGAUCCGCGUGCGCAUGCCUGGUGGGGUGUGUAAGUCGGAUCAGUGGCUGUUGAUGGACCAGAUUGCGGAUGAGCAUGGGUGCGGGACGUUCAAGAUUACGACGAGGCAGACGUUCCAGUUUCACGGCGUCAUCAAGCGGCACCUCAAGGCUGCCAUUCAGGAUAUCAAUAGGGCACUGCUUGAUACACUCGCCGCGUGCGGAGACGUUAACAGGAAUGUCAUCGUUUCUGCGAUCCCGUCCUUGUCGAAGCUGCACACUCAGGUGUACGAGUUCGCCAAGUCCGUCAGCGAGCGCCUGCUCCCUAGGACGACUGCGUACCAUGAGAUCUGGUUGGACAAGAAGCUCGUCGCUGGAGACGCGGUGCAUGAUAUCGAGCCGCUGUAUGGCGAGUUCUACCUUCCGCGAAAGUUCAAAGUCGCUGUCGCCGUCCCGCCCACGAACGACGUCGACCUCUUCGCGAACGAUGUCGGCUUCAUCGCCAUUGUGAACGACAAGGGCGAGCUCGAGGGCUUCAAUGUCACCAUUGGAGGCGGGAUGGGCGUCACGCACGGCAACAAGAAAACUUACCCACGUCUCGGCAGCGUCAUUGGCUAUUGCACGCCUCAGCAGGGCGUCGACGUCGCUGAGAAGAUCAUGCUUGUCCAGAGGGACAAUGGAAACCGUGAAGAUCGUAAGAACGCCCGUCUCAAGUACACGAUCGACCGCAUGGGGCUCGACGUCUUCAAAGCAGAAGUCGAAAAGCUGCUCGGGUACCAGCUACAGCCUGCGCGCCCGUACGCAUUCAACCGCAACGUCGACGACUACGGUUGGCACACGGGCGAGGACGGCAAGCACCAUUUCAUGUGCUUCAUCGAGAACGGCCGCAUCCAGGACGAGCCCGGGCGCGACUUCAAGACCGGCCUGCGUGAGAUCGCGAAGGUGCACAAGGGCACGUUCCGGACGACGGCGAACCAGCAUUUGAUGAUCAGCGAUAUCGCGACGGAGGACCUGCCGCAGAUUAAGGAGCUGCUUGCGAAGUACAAGCUGGAUAAUCUCUCGUACUCAGCACUGAGGUUGUCGUCGUCUGCAUGUGUUGCGUUCCCGACGUGCGGCCUUGCCAUGGCCGAAUCGGAAAGAUAUUUCCCUCUCCUCGUCGGCAAGGUCGAGAAGAUUUGCGAAGAGAAUGGUCUCCGUAACGACUCGAUUGUCAUGAGGAUGACGGGUUGUCCGAACGGCUGCGCGCGACCAUACAUUGCAGAGGUCGCAUUUGUCGGCAAGGCCCCAGGCACUUAUUCUAUACUACUCGGUGGCGGGUACAACGGCGAGCGACUCAAUAAAAUUUACCGAGAAACGGUCACAGAACCGGAGAUUCUCGCGAUUUUGCGGCCGAUGAUCAAGCGCUAUGCACUGGAGCGGCGUGAGGGCGAACAUUUCGGCGACUGGGUGAUUCGCGCGGGCUACAUCGCUCCCACGACGGAGGGUAAGGCGUGGUACGACAGGAUGGGCGGCGAGGAGCAGUUCCGCACUGAGGUCGCAGCUGCGGCAUAGUCCGCCUCGUCCGCUUGUGUGCUGAUCGCCAUUCUCUCCCAUCCAUCCACUCUAUCCGGACAUGCAUGAGAAGCAAGGAUUUAUUCUGACGUCAAUGUAGUAGAGUAUAUAUUUAUAUCUGUACGGUACCCAAGCAUGCGCAAUGUACUCAUACCACCACUUAUGUGCAACUCGUACUUCUGUUCGUGAGU